ACCACAAGGGUCAGGCAGUCAUUUGUCACCGGGUGAUUGAGGUCAAGCGCCCGCCCGACCCGUCGCCGCCCGUCGCUCAUCAUGGUCGCUGCUUGGAAGAGGCUGCUCCUCGCCGGCGCCGCCAUCGUCGCGGCCUACGAAUGCCCCAACUCGUGCGGGACGCCAUCAGGCCUCGGCUUUUGCCAGUACAUUGACUUUCCCACUUGCCGCCUCCAAGAGUCCUGGGACGACCAAGACGUCCUCGCCGCCAAGGCCUUCAUGGCGCUCGUCGCGCCGGCCGCCAACUCGACGUACCUCGACGAAGACGGUCAUUUCGCCGGUUUUGACAACGUGAUCGCGACCAAGCACGAGUUUUUGCUCAACACGACGCACGAGUGCCACGUGCUUCUGCGACGCAUUCAGUGUGGCCUGCACUUUCCCAUCUGCGAGAUUGGCAGCGAGUUUAGCCGGAUGUGCUUCAAGUCGUGCCGCGACACGGUCAAGCUCAAGUGCCCGGAGCUCACGGGCAUCUGCAACGACGAAGACCCGGCGCUCUUCGAGUCCGACAACAAGUGCUUCCAAGUGAGCUACAGCGGGCCCGCCGUCGGCAUGUGGAUCGCCGGCUUUUCGAUCUCGCUCGUCUUUUCAAUUCUCAACUCGGUCGGCAUCAACCUCCAAAAGUACUCGCUCACACAGAACGAGAAGCUCGGGUCGCAGAAAGGGUCGUUCCAGCAGCCCAUGUGGGUGCUCGGCCUCGUCUUCGUGUGCCUCGGCUCGAUCCUGGACUUUGUGGCCUUUGGCAUGGCGCCCCAGACGCUCCUCGCGCCGCUCGCUGCGCUCUCGCUCGUGUGGAACAUGCUCAUCGCGCCCUUCUUCCACAAGGAAAAGGUCACGCGGCGCAACCUCGUCGCCACGUGCAUCAUCUUUUUUGGCGUGACGCUCACGGUCAUCUUUGCCGGCCACUCGACGCCCGCGUACGACCUCGAGGACCUCAUCAAGCUCUACCAGACGCCGGUCAUGUACUUUUACAUUGUGAGCAUCCUCCUCUUCCUCAUUACGCUCUUCGCGUCGACGCGGUACAUUGAGACCAACCACUUGUACGAAGACGGCCUCUUCCACAUCGUGUGCUACGGCGGCAUCGCCGGGACCUUUGGCGGCCAAUCGGUGCUUCUCGCCAAGUCGACGGUCGAGCUCCUCAAGUCGGCAAUCUGGGGCGAUGGCGCCGAUGCGUUCAAGCACCCGGCCACGUAUGCGAUCAUCUCGGGCCUCGUCGUCUGCCUCCUCUGCCAGAUUACCUUUCUCAACGGCGGUCUCAAGCGGUUCGACGCGCUUGUCGUCAUCCCGGUCUACCAAAGCUUUUGGAUCCUCACGAGCGUGCUCGGUGGCAUCAUGUACUUUGAAGAGUACAUUUCGAUGACGCAGACCGAGAUGGUCAUGUUCACCAUGGGCGGCGUCGUGACGAUUUCAGGGAUUAUCUACCUCCUCCAAGACACGCAGAGUUCCGGCGCGCCCAGCGGCAAGUACCUCGAACUCGCCCACGCCGCGACACCCUCCGAUGCAUGGAACGCCGACGACUCGGACGAAGAGGUGCACCAGCAGCAGCUCGACGACGACCUCGAGGACCCGCAUGGAUCGCCGACGAACCGCCAGACCCAAGUGUCGCCAACCGACGGUCUCUUCAACGACGGCGAUGCGACCAAGAAGAUCAAGCCCGUGACCAGUCCUCGAAGCGAGUUCAUUUGAGCGCGCGCCACCGAUCCUAGUCGGUCUACAGCUCGUCGUAUAAUAUAUCUUUCUACAUCACGA